CUGUACAAUAAACAAGAUUUUUUUUCAUUUCCUCCAAAAAAAAUACUGAUUUAAUAUUUUCUAUUUGGUUCUAUUUGAGUAGUGUAGACUGUGUAGUCCAUAUCUCAUCACUUUACUGACCAUGAAAGCUUUAUAGAAAGUGAGUGAACCCAGUGAGUUAGUAGUACUGAGUCAGUGUAGAAAUCUGCAAAAGGCCGAAAUGGUGAGGUCUUCUAUUUGUUCACUGAGUCAACUCGUUUUUCUAAUUUACAUAAUGUUAUGGUGUUGCUUUGGUUCUCCUUCAAUGGCUUCUAGGCCUGGAUUUCUAUUUACUGCUACUACACAUCUUGGACGAUGCACUCCCCAGUACUGGGGAAGCAGGGAGGAAAAAUGGCCAAAGAUGGUUCCACAAAGAUCAACGGUAUCAAAGAUGUUCGGAUCAAGAGCAACUGAACGGUUCAGAUUUGAUCUGACAUUAUUAGAAGCAGCAAACCGAAACGACGACGUUGAUAAUGCUUUUGAAAGACUGUUAAAGCAAUCAAGCGCUGCCUUGUUGAAUUCUUAUGCUAGAGUGGGCUAUCCUUAUAAGGCCUGGGAAAUAAAGGCCCUUUUCUUACAGGGCUUAAUUUCAAAAAAGGAUGCAGCCCGACAGGCCCAAAUUCUUAUGAAGGCUAAUGAGGCUUGUACUUGAUAUUUGUAAUGUUCUAAUGACUACUCUAUUUUGUAAACUCUAAUUCAAACGUGAAGUGAUUUUCAUGUUUUAAGGAUGGUAUAGAAUAUAGUCUCACCGUAAGACUGUUUUAUUUGAAAAUUUGUGAUGUAAUUUUACCUUUAUAUUAAAUUCUAAAACCUUUUUUAACAUUU